GUCAAACUUUCUCAGGGUAAAGGGCCUGGACAGAAUUUAACACAGGGCUGAAAGACGUCCCGAGUUUCUUCAUCUGGUUUCCUCAUCUCGUCUCGUGAUCCUCAUGUAUCGCGCAUAUUUCAUGGAUAAUUUCCUGAUCGACAGCGCUAGUUAGUCAACCCAAUAUAUUGUUUGUUCUUGGCGGCUGAACAGGCUGAGCCGCAUCUCGGCGACAUGUGCUUGAAAUGAAACGGGAGGAGGAGCAACGAACAACAAGGGUCCAACGAUUUCUAUUUCUCGGCUUCACGUCAACUGCUAUAUUGAUGUGCAAUGGGCCGGCUAGCUGAUCUUGAAGAAUCUACCAGAGACAUAUCUUUCCUCUAGGUAAUUAAGAUAAUUGACCGCCAGGGGCUCCUUUUCAUCCUCUGGAUGCCCGAGUCGACGACAGAGGAGGAGGACGACCUUACAGGCUGCCUCAACUUAAUCAAUAACAUAAUCUGCCUCCUGCUUUCAUUAUGCUUCGUCUCCGUCGAUACAGAGUUUUUGUGGUCUUCGCCAUCAUCAGCGUUGUUGUCUUCGUUCAUUUCUUUCGAAUCCGUGAUUGGUCUGGCCCCCCCACGCUCUCUAACGAACCUGUAGAAAAACAGAAGCCCCUUCCACCUCCAACGGCACCCCCGUCUCCUAAUGGUUCGCCGGCCCUCCAGCAAACACCCGGCGUUGGGAAUUCAAACGACCAUGGCUUUGCACCGGAAUCCAAAACAGCAAUCCCUUCCUCUGACCCGCUACCCUCACCUUCUCCAGUAGCGAAGCCCCCUGCAGCUCAGCCGUCCGUUCCUAGCUCUCCACAGAAGGAAUCAACCAAACCACAUCCACUGACAAAGCCACAUUUUUCACCGUCGGAGGACGACGAGUUUGGAUCUCCUGGUAAAGGGAGGGUGGAAGCUAACAACCCUGACAGUAGCGAUGUCCGGUGGGAAAAACAACCCGAGCAUUUCCCGGUUGCACCGGAGGACCUUAUUAAACUUCCUCAGGGGAUGCUCGAGACGCUGCCCAAGAUCCAAUUCGAAUUUCCAGAAGAGUCCCCAGCAGAUAAAGCCGAUCGCGAGGCGAAACUGGCCGCGAUCAAGCAAUCGUUCAAUCAUUCGUGGACGAGCUAUAAAGCAGAAGCAUGGGGCCAUGACGAGCUGCGUCCAGUUCUUGGCGGAUACCGUAACCCAUUCUCGGGAUGGGGCGCCACGUUGGUCGAUGGCUUGGAUACGCUCUGGAUAAUGGGCAUGGUGGAUGAGUUUGAAGAGGCCGUAGAAGCGAUCAACAAGAUUGAUUUUGCUACUAGCCCAAGGAAAGAUAUACCCCUCUUUGAGACUGUGAUUCGCUACUUGGGCGGCCUUAUUGGAGCUUAUGACGUCUCGGGAGGUAAAUAUCAAUGUCUAAUCGAUAAGGCUGUCGAACUUGCAGAGAUAUUGAUUGGUGCAUUCGAUACUCCUAAUCGAAUGCCCGUUACGUACUACCAUUGGGCACCGGCAUAUGCGUCACAACCGCAGCGUGCUAGUUCUAGGACUGUAACCGCGGAAAUUGGAACCCUGUCGCUUGAAUUCACUCGAUUGACACAGAUUACAAAGGAAGAGAAAUACUACAAUGCUGUUGCAUGGAUCACCAAUGAGCUUGAAAAGUACCAGGAGAAGACGAAAUUGCCUGGGCUAUGGCCAACACAUAUAGAUGCUUCCGGUUGCAAAAAGAUUAUGCGACUCGUAAAGCAGCCUGCGGAAUUGCCUAUUGGUUUAACGCCCCCUACAGUCCCUGAAGUUAAAUUACCAGAGAGGCAUAUUCAGAAGCGGGAGGAAAUGGACCCCAUUCUGGUCGACGCAGAACCUGCAGAUUACAACCUGAAGCCUGGUUCGCAGCCUCUGCCAACCCUUCGGGCGGAGCCAAGCUCCGACGAUGACCAGUCUGCCAAAGGCAACCUCGAGUCUUCGAGUGAAUAUGAUUGCAAAGACCAAGAUCUUACAUCCCCACCUAAGUUUCAAACAGAUAGAUUUACCCUUGGCGGGCUUGUAGACUCCGCUUACGAGUACUUGCCCAAACAAUAUGCACUUUUGGGUGGCCUCAAUGAGCAGUACCGAACUAUGUAUGAGAAGUCCAUGAAUGCGGUCAGGAAAUAUCUUCUAUUCAGACCUAUGUUACCGGAUAAACGAGACAUUCUAUUCAUCGCAUCUGCUAUCGCGAGAGAGCCUGUGACUGAAAAGGACGAUCUAAUGCUCACAUAUGAAGGCUCUCACCUGGCUUGUUUUACAGGUGGCAUGUUUGCUCUUGGUGCAAAGCUCUUUGGGAUUGAAAGCGAUCUAGACAUUGCCGCUAAACUGACCGAAGGCUGUGUAUGGGCAUAUGAAUCUACCACGACAGGUAUUAUGCCGGAAAGUUUUGAAAUGCUGCCUUGUGGGUCUCUGGAACCCUGUGAAUGGAAUAAAACCAGAUACUAUGACGCUCUAGACCCGUACUUUGAAGAGCGAAAGUCGUAUCAUGACCAAAUAGUCGCGGACCAUGCUCAGCAGCUCGCAAAGUCCAUGCGCUCCAACGAACCGGCGACCAGCUUUAAGUCUGACCCGCCGAAGCGACAAUCCAUUCCAGGAGCCCCCGGUGAGAAGCCAGACGCUCAGGAACUCGUCAAACGCCAGGACCUUGGCCCACCAAAGACUGCAGAAACCGCUGCUAUCGCUACACCGGCAGUUAUCCCCCCCUUUUGGAAUGAGAUAGAUGUUCCCGCCUUUCUCUCCCAUGCGGAGUUUGCCGAAGCAACUAUUAAGGAAGAUCGUCUACCGCCCGGAGUUUCCACAAUCUCAGCGCGAAAAUACAUUCUUCGCCCUGAGGCGAUCGAGUCGGUUUUUAUCAUGUAUCGUAUCACAGGAGAUAACUCCUGGAGGCAGAAAGGAUGGAAUAUGUUCCAAGCCGUUGAAGCUGCGACGAGAACGGACCUUGGGAAUUCGGCUAUUAAGGAUGUCACGAGCAGGGUACCUAUGUUCUUGAAUGAGAUGGAGUCGUUCUGGCUUGCGGAAACGCUCAAGUAUUUCUAUUUGCUGUUUAGUGAUCCAGAGCUUGUUAGCUUGGAUGAAUAUGUCCUCAAUACCGAAGCACACCCGCAUAAACGCCCCUUGCCGUGACAGCUAUCAAAUCAUAGCCACGAUCCGAGAUAAUAAAUAAUACGACUGUCAACUCAUUUCAAAAUGUAUAUAUACCUGUGUCCCGGCCUUACUUUGGCAUAUCGUCGAGUACCAGUGGACAUUUGAAUACGCUUCUCGCAUUUUUGUGUUUUCAUCCUCUGUUAAUCUCUAUCUCCUACACUAUUGUCUUCGCUCGUUGCACCGCUUGUGUUAAAUACUUCAGCUUAUUUUUCCUGAUAUGUCGUAUUUUUAUCUAGGAUUUGUAUUUUUUAUUGUUUAAAUUGUUUUUAUAUAAUUUUUAAUUUUGUCUCAAUUGAUUUGCGUUCACAAAAAUUAUAUAAAGCUGAAUUUAGUUUGUGUUAUUAAUGUGAUAACUCAGGUAAUUUAGCUUUGAAAAUGUUGGCCGUUGCGGCCGUUGCGGCUAUUGCCUGUGGCGAUCUCCCUAGAUCACAUGACCGACCACUAUAUUAAGCUCUUUGUAGAUAGCUCUAUCAAUACAACCUUUAACUAUUCUACAGAUUAUAGACUGAAUAGCACAUUUUUCCUUUUUAAGAAACAUUGCAUCAAUAUUUUG